UUAAAAAAUCAAUUUGUUGAAGGCUGCACUUAAGAACGGUUGUUUUUAAUCGUUUAAUUUAAAAGUACAAUUAAAAUAAAAUAUUCAAAAAAAAUUAUAAUAAAAAUUUAAACAGAAAUUCUUAAAAUCAAAAUGAAGUGUUUAAUUUUAAUAAUUUGCUUAAUGUGUGUAUUAAACAUUGUGGAGGUUAUGACCUGCACCGAAAAGAUAUCAACUACAAAAUAUCGUGUUUCAUUGGUUACUAUGCGUAAAUAUCCUGAAUCUGGUUUCUCUUGUUCAAGUUUUGAAUGUCAUAAUCCUUUGGUCCUGAGACCGAUACGUGAAACUUAUACCGAUAUACAGGAAGUAUGCUGUGAGGGUUAUAAAGAAGAUGCUAAAUCGGGCGAAUGUCUACCCUCGUGUGUGGACUGUAAGAAAGGUAAAUGUAUACGACCCAAUAUUUGCCUAUGUGAACAUGGCUAUCAAAACUAUAAAAAUUCCACCAUUUGUGAACCUCUAUGCCUGGAAACUUGCGUAAAUGGUAAGUGUACUGGUCCCGAAGAAUGUACCUGUAAUGAGGGUUUCACUCUGGUGGAGGGCAGUAAAACCGAAUGUCAAGCCACUUGCAAAGAUGUUGAUUGCUCGAAUGGACGUUGCGAUAAUAACAAUAAAUGUACUUGCAACUUUGGUUAUACACUCAAUGAGACGCUCAAACGUUGUGUGCCGCUGUGCGAGGAACCCUGUGAGAAUGGAGUGUGCAGUAAACCCAAUCAAUGUACCUGUAAUCCGGGUUAUGUUUUAAGUUUGGGAACGAUAAGUAAAUGUGAGCCAGUGUGUUCGAGUGGCUGUUUAAAUGGUGUAUGUCAAGAGCCCGAGGUGUGUUCUUGCAAAGAGGGUUAUGCAAAUUUUGGAGGUAUAAGUUCGCAGGCCUGUAUGCCGAUUUGUAAGGAAAAGUGUGUUAAUGCCUUCUGUACGGCACCUAAUCAAUGUACCUGUUUUGAGGGUCAUGCCAUGCGUAAUGGUUCGAGGGUAUGGUGUGAACCGACUUGCGAGAAAGAUUGUGAAAAUGGUUUCUGUAGCGAGCCGGGUAAGUGUGAGUGUCAUGAGGGUUAUGAGAAAACCGAUGCUCAUCACUGUUCACCGAUCUGUAAAGAGGAGUGUGUUAAUGGUUAUUGCUCUGCCCCGGAUACUUGCACCUGUAAUAAGGGUUAUGUGUAUACGGAUACUAAGGAAAAGAUUUGUGAACCUUAUUGCCCUAAAGGCUGUAAAAAUGGUAAUUGUACUGCGCCUGGCAUAUGCACCUGUAAUGCAGGUUAUCAGUCUUUGCUGUUCUUUCACUGCAUACCGAUUUGCACUAAACCCUGUUUACAUGGCACCUGCACAGCACCCGAUACCUGUCGUUGUUACAUGGGCUAUAAACCCAAUGACAAAUAUCCCAAUCAAUGUGAACCAGUGUGCAAUUUCGAUUGUGGUCAUGGCAAAUGUAUAGCACCCGGCAUUUGUAGUUGUGAUCCGGGUUAUGAAAAGAAAUGGUUAACGGGCAAAUGUGAGCCUCACUGUCCUCAGAAGUGUAUAAAUAGUGUGUGUUCGGCGGGUGGAGUGUGUCGCUGUUAUGAGGGUCAUCGUUUGAGAGAAGGUUCUAAUAGUAUUUGUGAUCCAGUCUGCUUACCCACUUGCAUCAAUAGCAACUGUGUAGAGCCCAAUACCUGUGAAUGCUGGGAUGGUUUUGAGGAUACAAAAUAUUUUAAUCUAUGUGUGGCACGCUGUAGGCCCACCUGUGAAAAUGGCAAAUGUAUGGCACCCAAUAAGUGUCAAUGCAAUGAGGGAUAUCGUGUUACAAAUGCCUCAUUACCGAACAGUUGCCAGCCCAUCUGUAAAGAGACCUGCAUCAAUGCCGAAUGUCGCAAACCCAAUAAAUGUGAAUGUCUAGAAGGUUAUCGUUUCCUAACGAAUAGUACGGUCGAAUGUGCUCCCAUCUGUGAGCAAUCAUGUGAACAUGGACAAUGUGUGGCACCGAAUUUGUGUAGCUGUGAAAAGGGUUUCAUAUCACGUAUAAAUCCCGAUACUGGUCUAACCGAAUGCGUAGGCUAUUGCAAUGAAUGGAAUUGUCGUAAUGGCUCGUGUGUUACCUCGACACUUUGUCAAUGUGCCGACGGUUGGAUUUAUGAUGCCUUAAGAGGUGUUUGUAUGUUGGAUGACGUGUCGAAAGAGAAAAUAUAUAUAAGUGGUGCUCCCGUUUCACGUUGGACCAUUGCUACCAUAGCUAUUAUACUUUUCUCUGUGUGUGUUUUAGCUCUCAUUGUUAUCUUUCGUGAAAUAGCAAGACGAAGAAUUAAUGAUAAACAACAAGUGCGUCUUAUAGAGAAUCCUUCUUUUGGUGUACUCAUGCCUAAUGAUCGUUGCUGUAACGAUGAGGAGGAGGAAGAGACAGAUACCACUCAAGAGUUAAGCAGUUAAUUUGUGAUUAAAACUUUAAGUUUUUCUUUCUUUUGCUUACGAAUUUCUUUUCAUUAUUAAGUUUAUUGGUAUUUUUUUUUUUUUUUGUUUUAAAUAUAUAAUUU